AAUUGGUAAACAUACUUCGUGAUGAUUUGAACUUUGACAUUUCUGUGAAUCGCAUCCUGUUUCUGCGAAAAAGUUCUAAGAGGCUACAGGAAGGAAUGAUAACAUUCAUACCAAUAUCUUACUCGUGAACGGAAGCAAAACAGCUAUUAAAGGUUGAAAUGGGAGCUUUUGUUCAAAGACUACUCCUUGUCUGUGUGUUCGUCGCAGUUCGAGGUUCCAUGGUUGACGUCGAGGAGCUUGACUUUCGAAGAGCUUUUAAAAUAGUUGAGAAUGCGGCGAAACAACCAGGAAAUAUCGAUUACAACACAUUUUGCAGUAAAAGAGGUCGUGGUACCUUUAAAUUUUCCUGUCGAAUGAAAGAAAUGCCUGAUAUUGGUUUGCUGGUCUGUCUUGAAGCUGAUUUUUGCGAAUAUAUUAUUCAAAGAGAGUUGCUCACUUUGAGUAUCCUUACACAAGAAGGUCUCAAAGUCCUGCGUUUUUAUCCGAAGAUUAUCAGUGGGCUCAGGUGCGGUAAAAAAGGAAGCAAGAACGUUAGCUGUAUGGGUUUUCUGGAAGAAUGGAUGUCACACGAGAAAGCGAAAGAAAAGUCGCUGAGAAAGGUAAUUUUGGCGGAAAAGACCCAAGAUUUGGUGACGUGGUUAAUGAAUUAUCAGAAAAAUUGUUCAGCACGUUUUUUGACCGCCUGGCAUCUUGAAAAAAUUCGCCAAUUCACGGACCCAAAAACGGGUGUUUACUCAAGAAUCUGUGAUCUUCAGGGGUAUUUUAUGAAAGAUGGCGGGUUCACAAUUGCGGAUCCUGACGAUAUAAUAAAGAAUCAACCUUUGAAUUAUACGUGUUAUAGUGACGAGUACCCUACCACUCUGAUGGUCAUUAAAAGUCUGAAGAAAAUCGUCGACGACCUGGUGUAAAUUAGGACGUGUAGGAGUAGAUAUGGACAGUAAUUGACAUGUCUUAAUAUAAUAUCCUAUCCUUGCUAUCGCUUAAAUGAUUAAAAAUCGCAGUGAAAUGUAACUGAUUUAGUUUAGAAAUGAAAGGCCAGUAAAGGGCAAAGCAAGUUAUGAUUAAAAUCAACCUAAAUAUAUUUUGCUUUUACAGUCAAACCGGAUGUUGUCUUGCGCACGAAAUUGCAAUAUUGCUAGGCAGUGUUGCAAUAUUGAUUGGCAGAUUGCGCCAUUGCACAGAUUGUGGUAUAAAUCAUUGACUGAUCAUGAGAAUGGUACAGUUUUUGGUACAGUACAUUAAAAUCGAAGUAGA